ACAUCUUACAAACUGGCGUCUAUAUAUGAAACACCACUUAUAUAUGAAAUUGAGAAAACAUAAGUUGCGAAGAAUUAUGUUUUUUAUUAGUUGGUUUGCAGACAUCUUUUUAGGGAUAUCAUUUAAAUAUCUUUUGUGAUUUUCAAGAUAGUACUAGCAUGUUGUUAUAAUUGGCUUAUGGGUCUAAUUUUCAAAUAAUUACUGAAGGAGCUUUAUAUCGUGAGCAUGGAGUGCGCCAAGACUACCCAGCUGCCACGGGAGAGGUACCCGAGGCCGCUCAUCUUCCAUGACGGCCGCCUCGCUUUCCUCCCCACCUCAUCUGCCAUGCUUGCAUUCUUCCUCUUUCUACCACUCGGCCUCAUCCUCUCCGUCAUCCGCAUCACCAUCGGCAUCGUCUUGCCCUACAAGAUAAGCUUUGCAGCUGGCGCGUUCUUUGGAGUCCGCUUCCGCACCUCUGGGCGUUGCUCCAUGGGACCCGACGCCAAGCCCAGGGGAGUCUUGUUCGUGUGCACACACCGGACGCUGGUCGACCCACUCAUGCUCACCGCGGCGCUACAGAAGCCCGUGGCGACCGUGACAUAUAGUCUAAGCCGUCUCUCAGAGAUCUUGGCGCCCAUAAGAACGGUGCGGCUGACCCGUGACCGCGACCGUGAUGCCAAAACCAUAUCUCAACUACUAGAGCGAGGGGACCUCGCGGUCUGCCCCGAGGGCACGACCUGUCGUGAGCCUUACUUGUUGCGCUUCAGCUCGCUUUUCGCUGAGCUGGCCGACGACAUGGUGCCCGUGGCACUGGACGCGCAAGUGACAUUGUUGUAUGGCACAACAACGAGCGGACACAAGUGGCUUGACCCCAUAGCGUUCUUGGCCAACCCUGCCCCCUCAUACCGGGUGGAGUUCUUGGGGCCUGUACCACCGGAUCAGACAUGCGCCGGAGGAAGGACCGGUGUUGAGGUGGCAAACUGGGUCCAACAUCGGCUCGGUGAUGCGCUCGCUCCGGCUACAAAGUUCGAGAUACCAAAAGAAGAUGACAGAGGAGCAUCCAAGCGAACAGCAAUCCCUAGGGCAUGCUCGAUCUUGGAGCCGUUGUCGGAUCCACUCCUUGCCAUAGUCGUCCACCACGAACAACGACUAGAAGAUGCAGAUGGCGACCACCGAGUGCAACUCGCAAGCCCUGGUGCCAAGCUACUGAAGAACAAGGAGACAAGGGAUCGGGGGUAG